AAGCUUGUACGAAUCGGCAACUAGAACCAAUAAAACACGUAAGGAACGAAGAUAUGAACCUGACAACGAAAUUCAAACUAUCCGAUUCCGUUGUGUAAGACAACGACUCAUGGAACAAAUGAAUAUAUAAAAUCACUCGACCCUUAUUUAUAUUUCCUCAAAUUUGUGAUCAAAGAGAAAAAAUUCUGAGCAAACGCCUAUCAAACAUUUAACCGAAUUCUCAAAGCAGACAAUCUCUAAUCAUCCUUUAUACCGACCGUGAAGAAGACAAGAACAUGAAGCAAAAGAUCCUGCUAAGAGUUGCUAUGACUGAUGACACAACUAGAGCAAAAGCAAUGAAAACUGCGGUUCAGUUUAAAGGCGUGAACGCUGUGGAAAUAAAGGGAGAUCACAGGAACCAGAUUGAGGUGACCGGUGUUGAAGUUGAUAUGAUCGCUCUAAUCAACGCACUCAGGAAAAAAGUUGCAUUUGCAGAGCUUGUUAGCGUAACUAAAGUUGAACCACCCAAGGAUGGUGACAAAAAGCCGGAAGAAAAUAAACCCGAAGAGAAAAAACCUGAGGAGAAAAAACCCGAGCCAUGUUGUCAACCAUCCUUAUGGAUAUGGUGGCCUUAUGGAUAUGGUGUGCCAUCUGCCUAUCCCUAUCCGUGUGAUCCCUACCAUCAGAUCGGGGAACCUGUCUACAACCAAGAUCCCAAUUGCAGAAUCAUGUGAGAUAGGUUUCAAGUGGAAGACUAACGGAGGAGAUAGCAUUUUUCUAUACUAAGAUUGUCAACAAGUUAAUGCACUUUGAUAGUCAGAUUUUUUACAUGAAUAAAAAAGCCUUGAGCUCUCAAAAUCACACAAAUUCUCUACUUGUAGAUGCGAUUAUAACAUGUAAAGCUAAAUCUUGUUAUCCAUGGAAUUCCAUUA